AUGGAACCUGGUUUGAUUCCUGGGUGCAUCAAUAUUUCUCCCUGCUGGUUCCAACAGGGGUGGGAGGAUCCCGGAAAACAGUUCAUACCGGAAGUUUCGGGUACCCUAAAAGGCAAUUGCAAUCUCUCUUCAAUUAUGGAUAUACAGCAGCUGGCUUUCCUGUCAUCUGCUGCCCUUCAGGUGAUGCAUCCACAAUUGUACCGGGCCUUGAUGUCCCCUCAUAUUAAACUUGGGCUUUGGGCAGCGGAGCAAGGGCAAGAUGAGAUGUACCGCUGUUUGCAACAUUGGGCGUCGGCAUAUACCGGUGCCGCUGUUGUAUGCAACAGAGACACACCAUGUCAUCAUGAUCUCAAAUACCCCCUGGAAGGAUUUGACAUUCUUACUUUGAUCGGAAGCUAUGACAACGCAGUCAUGAAUCUGACAAAUUUAGGAAUAGAUCUAGCUUAUAAUCCGGGCGUCAUGGUCAGCUAUUCUGGCCGACUUGUGAGGCACGGCAUCCAGGUUAGUGAGGGCGAUAGAAUUAUAUGGGCCUGGUUUAUGUGGGAUAGCAUGCAUAACCAUGCUCAAACUCCAUGUACAGAGUAUGCAAAGUACAGUUUGGCCGACUUCAUGAUGUACCACCUUGCCAGAUACAAUCAGGCUGAUUUUAUUCAGUACUGGACAUAA